CUAAUACUUAUGGCUACAGGGAACUGGACAAGAGUAAGCGAGUUUAUCCUCAUGAGCUUCUCUUCUCUACCUACUGAAAUACAGUCACUACUCUUCCUGGCAUUUCUAGUCAUCUACUUGGUCACCCUCAUGGGAAACAGCCUCAUCAUUCUAGUGACUCUGGGUGACCCCAUGCUGCAUAGUCCCAUGUACUUCUUCCUCAGGAACUUAUCCUUCCUAGAGAUUGGCUUCACCCUAGCCAUUGUGCCCAAAAUGCUGGAGACCCUGCUUGCCCAGGAUACAACCAUCUCCUUUCUUGGUUGUGCCACUCAGAUGUAUUUCCUAUUCUUCUUUGGGGUGAAUGAGUGCUUCCUUCUGGCCACCAUGGCAUAUGACCGCUAUGUAGCCAUCUGCAGUCCCUUGCAUUACCCAGUCAUCAUGAACCAAAGGACAUGUGCCAAACUAGUAGCUAUUUCCUGGUCUCCAGGCUUCCCAUUAGGUAUUGUACAGACCACAUGGCUCUUCAGUUUUCCAUUCUGCGGCAACAACAAGGUGAACCACUUCUUCUGUGACAGCCCCCCUGUGCUGAGGCUGGUCUGUGCCGACACAGCAUUGUUUGAGAUCUAUGCCAUCGUCGGAACCAUUCUGAUCGUCAUGAUACCCUGCUUGCUGAUCCUAUGCUCCUACAUGCACAUUGCUGCUGCCAUCCUCAAGAUUCCAUCAGCUAAAGGGAAGAACAAAGCCUUCUCUACUUGUUCUUCCCACCUCCUUGUGGUCUCCCUUUUCUAUGUCUCUUUGAGCCUUACGUAUUUUCGGCCUAAAUCAAAUAACUCUCCUGAGAGCAAGAAGAUGCUAUCAUUGUCCUACACGGUUGUGACUCCCAUGUUGAACCCCAUCAUCUACAGCCUGAGAAAUAAGGAGGUGAAGAAUGCCCUUAGUCGGACCUUCCACAAGGCCCUAGCCCUCAGAAACUGCACCCCAUAG